GAAGGCGAGCCGCUCAUUCGAAUAGGGGCCGGCGGGCGCCGCUGCGGGCAGAUUUCUCUGAAAAGGUCUAAAAUAAAAUGCAUAUCCGAAGAAGAGCCUGGACUCUGUACUUCGAUUUCCAAAAUUAAAGCUCCUUUAUCAGAAUGUCUGUGUAUACUGCCUCCAUUCAAAAUCCCUCUAAUGCCCUAGGAAUUUCUUCUUCACGAAACAAUUCUUCGGUAAAUAUCAUCACGAAGAGCAGCCGGCUUGGGCAGCAGUUGAAGACGCAAAUCUCAGUGUGUAAGAAUGACAAUCUAUUAUCACAAUCUAUAAAGAAAAUACAAGAUGUGAAUAGGACCUACGUUGUUUCAGCCUGUAAAAGAAUUGGUGACAAUCCUGUCACCCCUAAGACCGAUGGCAGAUUAACCCUCCAGAGAAGAACUGUGAAGAGUACAGAAUCACCAUUUCCUGGAGACCAGUUGGCGACGGAACCGGAGAAAACAAGAGAGAGACCUUUUACUUUACGGCAUCGUGAAAGGACAGAUUCCCUGGAAAAAUGCAAAAUAAAUAAGAGUGUGGGAAGCGGAGGAAAAAAUGCCAUCUCUGUUGCCCAGCAGAAUUACAAGGAAAAGGUAGCAAAUGCUGAUAAAGAUUCAUACACUAGAUCGACGGGUCCUUUAGUUGAAACCCAAAGGGACUUAAAAGUGAAGCCUAAUCCAAAGAGCACAGAGUCAUCUUCUACUCCCAAAGAGGAAAAUGGGACCGUUUCCUUAAAAUCCUUGACAAACAAGGUAUCUACUAAUUUACAAAACCCAAAUGAGGUUCGGGUAGGCCAUUUAAAUGCAAUUAAGUCUAUUGAAAACACAGUAGAAAUACAAAUACCUCCCCGAGGAACUAUGAAUGAUAGAAUCCCUGGGGAGGAAACUGUGUGCACUUCAGAUAAUAAAUAUGGCAGCUUGGAAAGAUCAAGAACACCUCGCCAGUGGACAACAGGACAGAAGAUUUCCUCGAAAAGGACUGCUUCUCGGGUUAACAGCCCAGCUACAUCAUGUCUCAAAAGCAGGGCUUCUUGCCUUCAAGUUAUGACAAAUAAGAAAGGUAACUCUAACUCUCUUCCGGCAAAUAAAAGUGGAAUAUUACAACACAAUAAUCCGUUGGACCAAGAAGAAAUGGCCACUCAGAUCUCCAGGACUGAAGCAGGUCUUGUAAAAGUAGAGAAUAGUAAAGUGACAGUGGCUGCUCGUGUAAGACCUUUCAGCAACAGAGAGAAAACCGAAAAAGCAUCUCAGGUUGUUUUCAUGAAUGGCCAGGAGACAACUGUGCAACAUCCUGACAUGAAACAAAUAUAUAGUUUUAUCUAUGACUUCUCAUUCUGGUCUUUCGAUGAGUGUCAUCCCAAUUAUGCAAGCCAGAUGAAAAUUUAUGAACAGUUGGCAGUACCACUCUUAGAAAGAGCCUUUGAAGGAUACAACACCUGUCUCUUUGCUUAUGGACAGACUGGCUCUGGAAAAUCGUAUACGAUGAUGGGUUUUGGUGAAGAACGAGGAAUAAUUCCAAGAUUUUGUGAAGAUCUUUUUGCUCGGGUAGCACAGCAAAAAACACAAGAGAUAUCAUAUCACCUGGAAAUGAGCUUCUUUGAAGUCUACAAUGAGAAGAUUCACGAUCUGCUCGUUGUUAAAGCUGAAAAUGGACAGAAGAAACAACCGCUCAGAGUAAGGGAACAUCCAGUGUCUGGGCCCUAUGUAGAAGACCUAUCUGUAAAUGUGGUCAGUUCUUCCUCUGAUGUCCAGAGCUGGCUCGAACUAGGAAAUAAACAGAGAGCAACUGCCGCCACUGGCAUGAACGACAAGAGCUCAAGAUCCCAUUCUGUUGUUACCCUUGUGAUGACUCAGACAAAGACAGAGUAUGUGGAAGAAGAAGAACACGAUCACAGGAUCACAAGUCGUAUAAAUCUAAUAGACCUGGCAGGGAGUGAACGCUGCACUACAGCUCAGACCAGUGGGGAACGGCUGAAGGAAGGUGCUAGUAUUAAUAAGUCAUUACUGACUCUGGGAAAAGUAAUUUCUGCACUCUCUGACCAAGUGUACAACCAAAAGAGGGUUUUUAUUCCAUAUCGUGACUCUGUUCUUACUUGGUUGUUAAAAGAAAGUCUGGGUGGAAAUUCGAAAACUACUAUGAUUGCUACAAUCAGCCCUGCUGCGAGUAACUUAGAGGAAACAUUAAGCACGCUUCGAUAUGCUAAGCAAGCGCGUUUGAUUGUUAACAUUGCCAAAGUAAAUGAAGAUAUGAACGCUAAGCUAAUCAGAGAACUGAAAGCCGAAAUUGAGAAACUGAAAGCCGCUCAAAGGAGUACUCAAAACAUUGACCCUGAAAGAUAUAGUCGCUGUCGACAAGAAAUAACUUCCUUAAGGAUGAAACUACACCAGCAGGAGAGAGAUAUAGCAGAAAUGCAAAGGGCCUGGAAGCAAAAGUUUGAGCAAGCAGAAUUAAGAAAAGUUCAAGAAACAAAGGAGCUGCAGAAAGCAGGAAUUACAUUCAAAAUGGACAACCGACUGCCUAACCUUGUCAAUCUCAAUGAAGAUCCUCAGCUGUCUGAGAUGUUGCUGUAUAUGAUAAAAGAAGGACAAACUACAGUUGGAAAGUAUAAACCAAACUCAAAUCAUGAUAUUCAACUCUCUGGGGUGCUGAUUGCUGAUGAUCAUUGUGUUAUCAAGAAUUUUGAUGGCACAGUGAGUAUUACCCCCCUAGGAGAAGCAAAGACCUAUGUAAAUGGAAAGCAUAUUUCAGAGCUAACAGUUCUUCAUCAUAGUGACAGGGUGAUUCUAGGUGGAGAUCAUUAUUUCAGAUUUAACCAUCCAGUAGAAGUUCAGAAAGGAAAAAGAUCAGCAUAUGGGACAGUUCUGCCAAGUGAUGGUGCAAAGGACUUUGAAUUUGCAAAAAAUGAGCUUCUUAUGGCGCAAAGAUCAGAACUUGAAGCUGAAAUUAAAGAGGCCCGGUUAAAAGCUAAGGAAGAAAUGAUGCAAGGAAUUCAAAUUGCAAAGGAAUUGGCUCAGCAAGAACUUUCUUCUCAAAGAACCGCCUAUGAGAGCAGGAUAAAAGCACUGGAAGCAGAGCUGAAAGAAGAAUCACAGCGGAAGAAAAUGCAAGAAAUGAAUAACCGAACGGCUACUCACAAAAUUCAGGAAUUGGAAAAAGUUAAGCAACAUCUUGAACAGGAAGUUCACGUUAAUAAGAAGCGAUUAGAAAUGGAAGCUCUGGCUACUAAACAAGCUUUAGAAGAUCAUACUAUUCGCCAUGCUAAGAUUCUUGAAGCCUUGGAAGAUGAGAAACAGAAAAUUGCCAAAGAAGUACAGGCUCUUCAGCAAAGUAGGAACAACCGAGAUAAAGCCUUGAUUCCGCCUAAUUGGAAUUCCAUGAAACUUUCAAUGAUGAUCCAGGAAGCCAACACCAUUAGUAAGAAAUUAAGAAAAUGUACUGUAUUUUGCAGACACGAUAUACCAGACAGAGGAAACAGUACUGAGCCUUCUGUUCAGAUCCAAGUUCGUAAUCUCCAGCUGGGAAUCUCCACCUUUUGGAGCUUGGAAAAGUUUGAGUCCAAGCUUCUGUCAAUGAAAGAACUCUAUGAGAGCAACAAUAACUCCAGAGAUGAUGAUGUAUUUUAUGAUCCCGGUGAUGAAUGGGAACCUGACUUAGCAAAUACAUCAAUUUCUUCAUUUUCUAGAAGGAGGAGUAGAAGUUUGAUGAAGAAUAAGAGAAUUUCUGAAUGUUUACUCGACCUAAAAGUUCAUCCAAUCCAGAAAUUACAGCCGUUGCACUCACCAGGUUCACCAAGUAAUUCAAAUAGUAUUUAUUCAUACUCAGCAGAAUCAUUCCUACCUGGAAUUUGCAAAGAAUUCAUUGGCUCAGCAUUAAAUUGCCUCGGACAAAGUUAUGAGGAGGAAAAGACUUUGGCAGACAGCCUAAUAAGUAAUUUUCUUAAAAUUCAUAUUGGAGUCACCAUGAUUUCAAAUGCACAUGAAAAACAAGAUGAAGAAAGUCAAGAAAACCUUUUCUCUAUGGAUCGUGCCACUCAGUCCUUUAGCAUCCAGAUGACUUCAUCUUUUGAACAGCUUGUGGUUCUGAGCAAGCACUGGCUUGACAGUCUUCCAAAGUGCAGUGGUACUUCAAGACCCGAUGAAGACUUGAGAGAGGAAAUUAAAAACCUGGGAGGGUUCUUGCAGUUAUUCUUGCAGGGAUGCUGUUCAGAUAUUUCCUCAAUGGUAAAAGAAGCACAAAAUAAAGUGAUUCAAACAGUGCAACAAGCAGUGAAAUGUGUGGUACAGUUGGCUAUCCUGAAAGGAACCAAACUGCAUUUUUCAGAAUAUGACGAGGAGAGUGAAGCUGGUGUCCAGAUGGGUUUCAAAAUUGCCAUUUUUGAUGGAGUAAGAGCAGAAGUGAAGUCUCUUUUAGAGUCUGGGCUAGAAAAAACAAGGGACCUUCAGAAGGAACUUUUAAGACAGAAUCCACAAGAUGAGGUUCAAAAGGAUAUGAAAGCUAAAGCUGUGAGUCUGAUUAAAUCACUUGAAAAUAUCAUGACUGAAUGGAAAAAGAAAGACAUCAGACCUCAGAACAUCAGACCUCAGACAGGAGAAGAGGCUUCGGGACUCCAAGACCUGGAGAAGAUAAUUAGUUUCGCUAUGGACUUUGUGAGGUUAAAUCACUGCAUAGACCAAGCAGGGCAAAUCAUCACUUCUACCUUGCAAGGUUCCUACAGUGAUUUGAGUCUUCUCAAGAAUUGUGUGGAAGAUAUUUGCAAUUCUGCUGGCCAUUUUCAUGACUAUUUCAGUUGGUUUUCAGCAUCCUUCUCUUCAUUAAGUAGCUCCAGUAGUAAACUAUGUGAACCCUUGGGCGACUUGAAGGAGCUGGAGUCUAUAGCCGAGUCAUUAUUGACCUUAAGUUUUGAACCUAAGGAAAGGCCUGAUGUGUUGAAACCCUGGGAAACUUGUGUGCAAAAUAUGGAAGAUCAAGAAAAACAGCAUAAAUCAAAUGGGACUGAAUCGACCAGGAAAAAAGGUGUACCGAAACGGGUCUACGAGCUUCAUCCUCCAUCUCGGAGCUCGGCCGAUCACUCCUCCAGAAGAAUACAAUGGGUCUAAGUACUUUUGAAUAUUGAUUUUACUAUGACUGAAAGAAAGGACAAACUUGAUAGCCUGUUUUUUCCAGGGCAAAUAAAAUAUAUUUUGUAAAACCAUGUUAGAAUGCCUCACUGAAGUGCCAAAUAGGUCUGUUAUCUUACUAGGAUUAUAAAACCUUACAUGGAAUCCCAAAAUUUCAAAUGGGCUUAUUCAAGAUACUCCAAAAGCAACUCAUCUAUUUUGACACAAAAGUUUGUAUAUUUGGGUUUCUACUUGUAAGCUGGGAUUGGAGUCCUUUAAGAUUUGUUGGUCAAGUGAAAAAAGGAAUUCCAUGUUGUGGAGAUAGUGUUCUCCAGCCCCUGCUCUUGUUUUGCAGUGCUGGAAAUAAUCACUUACAUGGAUUCCUCACCUCUGGUUGGUUCAUCAACCCAUGUUCUUUAGGGAGUUUAAUUGCCCGGUUUCCCUUUAAGCAAUCCAGUUUAAACAAAACAAAAAAACCGCAUAGAAAUAGGAACAAACUAGUAAACGUCCUUUUAUUAUGGAUCUAGAUGGGUUAUUGGCUUUUAUAAUGGAAAUGCUAAUGCAACAAUGGGUGGCUUGAAUUGCACUAUUGCUCCAUGUUCAAUGUUUUCAUCAUUUCUGAUAGCACAUUUAAGUGGAUAUGCUUUCUCUAGUUAUAUACAAAUAACAAACUACUCUGUGUACUCAGCUUUUUCUCUAGGUGCCUGUGUUUUAAAACAGUGCAGAUAUCAGACAUUGGAAUAAAUAUAACUCUUUUGGGUGUCUACAAAGUCUUUUUGUGAAAGAUCAUCCAUAAUGUCUGAAUUUUAACCUGAGGGAAUAUAUUGUUUAUGCCUGUAUGAAUCAGAUCCCUCUCAAUAGCUUAUCCUCCUAUUUUCAUUCAGACUUUCUAUUUAUUAUUUAAUUUUUCAAUUAUCAAUAGUCCAUAGUGCUAAGAAUUUGCAAACACCAGCGGAGCUCGGUCUUCAAAUCAGCUACUGCGUCAAUCAAGGCUAAGAUUAUGUAUACAUUUGAUUUUUCAAUCCUAGGGCAGGAGGUUGUUAAACUUGUGAUUGGAAUUCAGGUUUCUUUUGUUUAUGCAAGCUUCUUUUGCUUCUUUAGCCAUUUUUUACCCCCCCCUCCCCCCCAGGCCUCAGUUACCAGAGUCUGCACUCACAGCUGAAUGGCAUGAGGUCGGAGGUCAGUCAGGAAGGUCUUUCUGAUGGCAAAAGUUAUUUGUAAAAGGAAUAUUUAGCUACCUUUACUCCUGGGCAAGUAAAACAGCUACUCAGGCCCCUCUUGACGGAUCUGACAUAUAGGAUAAAUGUUGACAGUUGACGUUUUUUAUUGAACUUGAGUGCAACUUAAUGACUUUUUUUUUUACUCCCCAUAGCACGCAGCAGGUCUUGGAAAGUAAAUUUCAAAUAUAUCAGAAAGCUUCCAAGCUUCAUUGCUGGACUCCAGGGAGUCCCUCCUCCUGACUGGUUGCAAGUUUGUCACUCAUAAAUAGUGAGUAAGCAUUUGGGGGGUGAGCAGAACCAAUCAGAAGAGGAGAUUCCAACUCUUCCAACCGUGAGUGGGAGUGCGGACAGGUUACCAACCUUUACCGUGAGAGUCAUGGCAUUGAGUAGGGUUGGGCAACCCAUGAUCUCUCACUGCAUGACUCCUCUCAGCCCCAUGAUGCUCAUAACCAAGGGGGAAGCUUCUCAGCUUUAGGUGUGUCACCUCCCCCUACCAGUGGGAAGGCCACUGCUAAUCCGCAGUGCAGAUAGCCCACAACUGGUUCAUCUACAGUUUACUGUAUUUUUAAUAUCUUUAAAUGGUAUUUUGAAGUCACUUGGAUGGAAUAAUUUGGUUCCCAGAAUUUAUAUAAUUUUUUCUAAAGAUGACAGGAUAUUUUCCAUAAAUAUUCUGCACUGCACUAGAUUUGCAGACGUUUCAAUGUGUUAUAGACGCACACAUUUUAUAAAGAACACUGAUAUUGUGUGCCAUUUCACAUAUUAAUGGCCUCAAUGGUUUCCUAUUUUCUGUAAGGCAGUUUACAUUUUUAUAUUUAUCAGUCAUUUAUCAGUUAUUCCUUACUACCUUCUUAUUCCUUAACAUCUUCUCUCCCCUGCCUCUUAUUCAAUAAGCACUUCUUACAUUCUGUUGGUCAGAAAUUUCCUGUCUUUUCAAAACAUGAACGGAACCAGAUCCUUUGUAUAGUUACGCUUAAAAAAAUCUGUUGCACUGUUUUUGAUUGAAGUUUGGAAAAAAUAUUUUUUUCACAAUCAUGUGCACAAUUGUGAAAUACUGUAAAGAGAAUGCAGUUAAUAAAUCUUGUCUGACACCUGACUUAUUUAUAAAA